AUAUUGCCUGAGGUAUUUGCGGUUAUCGAAGUGUCGAGGCUUAGGGAAUCCAAGUUGAAAUGUCCGGCGACGUGCAGCCGAGAAAUUGCAAGGACAAGAGACGGAAGAGGGAUUACGAGGAGGAGAGGCCGCUGAUGUCGGUGACACGAGGUGCCUCGAUGGAUCACACGGAUAACCAGACAAUUCACAUUCACAAGGAGACUGGCACAGGUGGUCAUUGGUGCGCAAGAAUCAUCUUCUUCAUCGUACUCGCUGGUCUUCUCGGUACUAUUGGACUCAUCAUCGUUGAACACAGGGGCACUGCCGAUGUGGGUAGUCUUGUAAAAGCAUCUCCAUGGGCAACAACUUUUGAAGGUUGGAUAGACGAAACAUCAAUUUUCCAUGAAGAGAAAGACGAAUCAAAGAAAGCCAUUAUUUCUCACGAAGACAAGAAUGAUCAUGAAUAUGAUGAUGAUGAAGGGGAUGCUCACGACAUACAUGAAAAGGAAAAUGAAAGUCUUGAAAAUAAAACAGAAGAAGAAAGUGUUGAAGAAUUACAUAAUGAGAACGACGACGAAGAUGAUAAUGAGUGUUUUGAGUUAGAUGAGAUGGUAGAAGAAAAAGAAACCUUAUUGUUUCAGGAUAAGAGCAUUACCGAAGAAGAGUUAAACGACAACUUAGAGCUAAAUAAAAGUGAUGAUGAUACAUUAGAAGAUGAUGAGAAGAGUGAAACAGAAUCGAAUCAAUAUAUCGAUGACUCUAUAGACCAACAGUUCGAUGACGUUGCCAUAGAAAAAGAUAAGGUAGAUGAUAGUCAAGAUUCAGAGGACGAUGAUGAAAGUUACAGCGAGGAAAAUUUUAAUAAUGAUCUUGAAGAUUUUGGCGCUUUAGAAGAAAUAGAAUAUGGUGUCCAAUUGACGAAUAAUGAAAACGAUUAUAAUAAACUUAACGAAGAGGAUAUCGAAGAUUUUGAUGAUAUUUCUGAAGCGAAUGAAAUGGAUAACAAUAGUGCUGAACCAUUAGAAGAAUUACAGAUUGAAAGCGAAGAAUCUGAAGAAACUAUAAAUAAAAUAGUUCAUUUUGAGGAUGAAAUUAAAGAGGAAUUAGAGGAGGAAUCAACAAAUGUGGCAAUGAAGUUUGGAAUUGGCAUCGCACUUAUUGUAACUGCACGUUACGUCUUGCUCAGAAGGUGGAACAAUGGAAAUGAAGAGGUCUUAAUUAAUUUGUCACGACGAAAUACAUUGGUUGCGCCUGUACACAUUAAAAAAAUCAUUUCCAAGAACGAGAAUAAGAAGCAACUUCUGAAAAAGGAAAAACAACUCUACGAGGACUUACGUUCCACAUAUAAAAAAAUUGGAUGUAAAAACAGAUCUAGUUUUGAAGACAUUUUUGCUGAAAAAAAUAUGAAAUUACGUAAUAGCGGUAAAGAUAAUAGUAAAGAAUGUAUCGAGGAUAGUGAAUAUACAGAUGAUGAAAGUUAUGAUGAAGAUGAAGAAUUUGAAGACGACGAAGAAUUGGAAAAUAAUGAAGGAGACGAGGAAGAAGAUGAGGAGGAAGAGGAGGAGGAGGAGGAGGAGGAGGAAGAUGAGGAAGAUGAAGAAGAAGAAGAAGAGGAAGAGAAAUUUCAAGAUAUAAACAACAGUGUUUUAAUAGAAAAGCUGGAUAAAAAAUAUGGAAAAUUAUCAGAUCUAACAUUAAAUAAAGAAAGGCAUGAAAUUGUUGAUGGCGUACAAAGUGAAGAAAAAGAAGCAAAAAAUUAUGAAAGAAAAGAUGAGUUAUUUGGAAAGAAACGUAAAUAA